AUGCCCUGUCCUCCCAGCUGCAAGGACUCUACGACGUCGCUUGAAGACAGCUCGCCCCGGCCUGCAGUCCCACUGCAGACUGAACAGUCCAAUGACCAAAACAAUCCCCGACUUUCAGCCCAAAGGAUCAAGGAGUUGCAGAAAACAGUUGACGAUGCAAAGAAGAAGAAAGCCAAGGCAAAGGAAGAGAAAGAGGAGGCAAAGAAUGCAACACCUACCCCAGGCCUGGCACCUGCAGGCAAGACUCCAAAAGAUCCGGAGGACAACUGUGAUGCUGAAGAACCGAAGGAGAGCCAACAACACACAGGAGAUGAUGAAGCACCAGCAGCAGCCGCAACAAUAGAUGAGGAGACCUGCAACGAAGACACCAACAACAAGAAGGACGGAAAGACAGCCAAGGCACCCAAAGAAUCCAAGAAGAAGGAUGGCACAGACAGCAAGGACAGCAAGGAGGUUGAGGAGAAGGAUGGCAGCAAGAAAGCAUGCAAAACAAAGGAAGAGGACAUGGAUGGAGAAGACGAAGAAGCCAGUGAAGAGCCUCAGCCAAAGAAGACAGCAGAGGAACCGAAGAAGUCAAGGGCAUCACAAGCCAUGGCUCAGCCAGCCAAGGCACCCAAAGAAUCCAAGAAGAAGGAUGGCACAGACAGCAAGGACAGCAAGAAGGUUGAGGAGAAGGAUGGCAACAAGAAAGCAUGCAAAACAAUGGAUGAAGACAUGGACGGAGAAGACGAAGAAGCCAGUGAAGAGCCUCAGCCAAAGAAGACAGCAGAGGAACCGAAGAAGUCAAGGGCAUCACAAGCCAUGGCUCAGCCAGCCAAGGCACCCAAAGAAUCCAAGAAGAAGGAUGGCACAGACAGCAAGGACAGCAAGGAGGUUGAGGAGAAGGAUGGCAGCAAGAAAGCAUGCAAAACAACGGAUGAAGACAAGGAGGAAGAAGACGAAGAAGCCAGUGAAGAGCCUCAGCCAAAGAAGACAACAGAGGAGCCAAAGAAGUCAAGGGCAUCACAAGCCAUGGCUCAGCCAGCCAAGGCACCCAAAGAAUCCAAGAAGAAGGAUGGCACAGACAGCAAGGACAGCAAGAAGGUUGAGGAGAAGGAUGGCAACAAGAAAGCAUGCAAAACAAUGGAUGAAGACAUGGACGGAGAAGACGAAGAAGCCAGUGAAGAGCCUCAGCCAAAGAAGACAGCAGAGGAACCGAAGAAGUCAAGGGCAUCACAAGCCAUGGCUCAGCCAGCCAAGGCACCCAAAGAAUCCAAGAAGAAGGAUGGCACAGACAGCAAGGACAGCAAGGAGGUUGAGGAGAAGGAUGGCAGCAAGAAAGCAUGCAAAACAAAGGAAGAGGACAUGGAUGGAGAAGACGAAGAAGCCAGUGAAGAGCCUCAGCCAAAGAAGACAGAACAGGAACCGAAGAAGUCAAGGGCAUCACAAGCCAUGGCUCAGCCAGCCAAGGCAACCAAAGAAUCCAAGAAGAAGGGUGGAGCAGACAGCAAGGACAGCAAGAAGGUUGAGGAGAAGGAUGGCAGCAAGAAAGCACGCAAAACACAGGAAGACGAGGAGGAAGAAGACGAAGAAGCCAGUGAAGAGCCUCAGCCAAAGAAGACAACAGAGGAGCCAAAGAAGUCAAGGGCAUCACAAGCCAUGGCUCAGCCAGCCAAGGCACCCAAAGAAUCCAAGAAGCCAUGCAGCUCCAAGACCAACAAAGGGAAGAAAAGCCAGAAGUUUUCAGAAGAUGGGUCAAAUACUUUGGACAGUGAGGAGUCAGACACUUCAGAGCAAGAGGAAAGCAGUUCCGAAGCACCACCCCCCCGGAAGACAGCCAAAGCACCCACGACCAAGAAGCUGGAAGAGAAGAAAGAAAGCAAGAAAGGCAAGAAGGAUGAGAAGGAAGAAGAUGCAGAGGACGAUGACAUGAAGCCAGAAGCAAAGAGCAAGAAGGAAGAGCCAGCCCCCCCUGCAAAACCAUCCCGAGCAGCCAAAGCAAACAAACUCAGCAAGGUAGCCAACAAAGAGGAUGACAGCAAAGCAGAGAAGAAACGCAAGAAGCUUCAAAAGGAGGUCCAAGAUGAAGAGAUCAAGGAAGAGGAAAGCAACAAGCCCAAGGGUGGCAAGGAUAGUGGGGUCAAGUGUGGGGCUGAAGAGAUCCACAUCGAUGAAGAUCUGGACGAGGAAGAGUUGAGCUCAGAGGAGAUGAGUGCAGCCUUGGAAUCCCACGGCCGCCCCAGCAAGAAGAUGCAGGAGGAAGACGCAGAGCCGAAGCCUACUACAAAAGCACCGCAAGCAGCCAAAGCAGUGCAAGGCAAAGCAGCCAAGGUCCCCAAGGCAGAGAAAGGUAAGGGCAAGAAGGCAGGCAGCAACACAAGCAGCAUGAACAAGCACAAAGGGAAGAAAAGCCAGAAGUUUUCAGAAGAUGGGUCAAAUACUUUGGACAGUGAGGAGUCAGACACUUCAGAGCAAGAGGAAAGCAGUUCCGAAGUAGCCAACAAAGAGGAUGACAGCAAAGCAGAGAAGAAACGCAAGCAGCUUGAAGAGGAGGUCCAAGAUGAAGAGAUCAAGGAAGACCCCAAGCCGAAGAGACGCAAUAAGCCAAAGGGUGGCCAGAAGAAGGAAGAGACAGGAACUGACAAGACCCGCAAAGAAGCGAAGAAGAAGUCGAACAGCAACAAGCAUGCAAAGAAAGCAAAGAUGUCUGACAGUCAGAGUGAUGAUGCACUGGACUGUGAGGAGAAGUGCAAUGAUGAUGGCGAUGACAUGUCUGAGGCAGAAAGCAUGUCAAAACCCAGCAGCAGCAAGAAGCACAGCAUUGAGCCCAGUGCAGGAUCAAAGCAGGCAAAGAAAAAGAAGAUCAGCAAGAAGCAGAGCGAUGAGGGCAGUGAGGAAGAGGAAGAGGUGAAGAAGCAUUCCCUUGCUGCAAGGGCUCUGGGACUCCAUGAGGAUUUCAACAGCACACGCAAGCCUUCGAGAAAGAUGAAAACUGUGAAGAAAGAGGGCAAGAACAAAGUGAAGAGCAAGGAUGGCGACAAAGAGGCCAGUGCAGAGAAGAAGCCAUCUGACAAGCCUAAGGAUCCCAAGGCACUGAUGUCCCUGUAUCAGAGCUUCCUGAAGGCUGAGCGUGAGGCAUUGGCAACGAGCCGUCCAGAUCUCACAGCCGCUAACCGCUUGCAGAUGGCUCGCAAGAAGUGGAGGACUCAUCCGGACCGCUUGCAGGCCAUUGGCUCUAUGUCUGCCAGCCAAUUGUCCCGUCGACGACUGAAGGUCAAAAAGUCUGAGCCCAUGGACUUUGAAAUCGAGAAUGCAGAGACUGAAGCCGGUCAUGCCACCAGUGCUUCUGAUGGAUCUGAUAGUGAUGACGGUAGUGAGUAGAUCUUAAGUGAUCGGAAACCAAUGCUUGCAGCUUUGGUGGGCGCAUGAGUUGAACCUGCAGCUACUUAGAAGCAGCUUGGGCGCACAGAAGUGCAUGAAAA